AUGAACGAGGCCACACUGAGGGAUGAAGUGAACUUGCUAUCGAGAUUAAUCUACUCCAACAAGAACCAACACCGAUCAUCGAUCUGGUUCAGACGAGCGACUGAAGUCAAGAGAUGGUCGAUCAAAUUAUUACCCAAACUUCAACAACCACCAUCUGGCUUCUUAGAUCAGUUCGAGUCCAGGUUACUGAGAGCUUAUGAUUCGAUCGUUCAAAAUCUAGCAAGGACUGAAUUCAUGGCCGUCGGAAUGACUUUUAUAGCCUCCUUCUCUAGGAUACACUCGAUCAUUCAACAUCUUCAACUACAUCAGAGGACCAACGCGACUCAUUCUUGA